AUGAAUUUUUCUAGAAGAACAGUUUUAUUCUUCUUGUUUUGGUUCAGCGGAAUAGUUGUUUUGGUGAACCACCUUGCAAAAAGUCGGGUUCGACAAGAAGAAAUGAGUAGCGAAAUAAGCGGAUUGAGGAAAAUGUUAAACCCCGUUAUCACGAGAAUGCUUCCUGUAAUAACCAAUUCAAAAUUAAACAGAGAAGUAACCAAAGCGACUGAAGAACCUAAACAAGCCAGCAAAGUUCAUGUAACUCAUGAAUCUCAUUUUACGAAUAAGACGGAUAUUGAAUUCGAAAUAGAUGAAAUAAUGAAUAGUACACCCAAAAUUGAAGAGAUUCUUAAGAAAAUCGUUUCCCCGACAAAUACAAUCAUUUAUGUUAUUGUCGAGAGAUCAUAUAUACCACUCUUCAAAAACUUUUAUGCCUUUGCAAAGAUGGCAAACGUUGCAAAUUUUGUCUUGGCAAUUUGCAAAGAUAUAAGUUGUUGCAAGACCCUGCGUGAAAUGAACGUGACCUAUUUCCCUGAUAUGACUUGGAGCGGAGUAGGUUAUUCACGUUUUGGUAGCGGAGAUUUCAAACGCAAAAACAAUGAAAAGACAGAGUGGACCUUAAAACUCUUGGAAUAUGGCUAUAAUGUGUUAAUGUCCGAUGUUGAUAUUAUAUUACUGAAGGACCCCUUCCCAUACAUGUUUCGUAAAUGUAAAUCAUGCGACAUUCACAUUGGUACAAAUGACAAUGCGGAAGAACUUAAUGCUGGGUUCGUCCUGGUUCGAAACACGUCAAAUGGUAUAGAAGCAGUUCGACAAGUUGUCAAAACUUUUAAAGUCAAGGGACAAAACCAAGAUCAUUGGAAUGCAGCUCUGAGAAAAAUGAAGAAACAAGGGCUUGCAAUUAAUGUACUAGACGAAAAGCUUUUUCCAUGUGGAAAGACAUAUUUCGAUAAGAUGCGCUCAAGACCGGACGUUCUUCACGAUCCAAAAGUGGUCAUGAUUCAUAACAAUUAUUUGAAGUCAAGUAUAAAAAAGGUGUCCAGAUUCAAAGCGUUUAACCUAUGGUUUCCGAAUGGAGUUCCAUCAAAUUUGUUUAAGACAUGAUAGAAUAAUGCACUUAAUGGGAAAAACAAUGUACUAAAUGGCUUCUUAAUUUAUGAGUAGAAUAAAAUGAAGUAAAUCGCUAUAUUAAUUAUAAAAGAAUUUUUCAGAUAAGCCUAUAAGCUGUUUCCUCCAGUUGAUCCUCCAAUCGUUUAG